AAUAUGCAUACUAUAUACAUAUGUUACUUACAAUAUUAUACGUACAUUUAGUCAAGUAAUGGUUUUGACAAAAUUCAAAACUCAAAUGUUAUAUUUUACUAAAGUAUCUUAUAUUUCUCUUCAAAACUGAAAUAUUGAGAUCCAUUGGAUUUCAUUAUUUUUAAAAUCCCAAAAUAUAUAUUAUGUGUGUUUUUUUUUUUUGUCAAGACAAUUACUUGACUAACUGUAUAUAGAGCAGCGGCCCAAAUCAAACACAAGAAACGUACUCGGUCUUUAGAACCAAUUGCAAUUUAUAAAGAAAACAGCUAAGACAUAAACAACAAAAACAACAUAGAUUAAUAAAUGAACAAAUAAGUAAAGCUUGAAAAUAAAUUUCUUGUUUAUCUGUGCCACAUAUCGCAAAAAAUACUUCGCUCAGUGGCUUGCAACGGCUGACACCCUUUUCAGAAUUUUCCACUAGACAGUUCCCGCAUUUGUCUUCAGUCGAGAGACAACCAUUAAACGGAAAAGAUGCGACACUAUGUGGCCAAGCUUUGUCUGCUUUUGACACUUUCCCACUUCAGCAUAACUGAAUGGGUGGAGAUAUCAAAAUCUCAGUCUCAACCGAUUGCAGAAGAUGUCUCCUACAGGAGACAACUGACUGUCGAGACACCGCCAAAGGAGAAGAAUCGUGAGGAAGAUUUCACCACACCCAGCAAUGUGUGGAUCGAGUAUCAGCGGGAACGGUUUGGUCUAAGCAAUAGCAACAGUAUUGUUGUGCACAGCACAGAGAUGCCGCCCGUGAAUGUGGAUGUGGCUGUGGUUGUGACACCGAAAGUGGAAACCACUUCACGACGUCAUUCGUCGCAUAUUGAUGUUGCAGACGAUGUCGAAUCCGUGGCUGAUACGGCUACGGAGCAGAAUGCUGGCAAUGAUGAUACAUCACUUAUGCCCAGUGUGCAGGGUUUCUUAAAGUUUCUGAAAACAAUGCAGAAAACUUGGAUUAAGAAGUCAGCACUGAGCAUAGAAAAUAAAAUAAAAUUACUUAAAUCGCUAAGUGACAAUCUAAUGAAAGUAAUUGAGCAACAAUUCUCAGUGUUGUGGCAACCAACUGAGCGGCACAGACGCAAACGACGCGGACUGUUGGACGACUCUAGUUUAGAUUUCCCCCCGGAAGCUGCAUUAAUGACCAUUAAUUUCCUCACUUUUGCUGUGUUUCUUAUUAAACUGGUGCUUCAAGUAGUGAAAAUUGUCAAAAGCAAGCAUUACAACUUCUCGGGCUUUAAUAUUAAUGCCGAGGUCGUUCGAAGUCCAUAAGCAAAUAAAUUCACACUUUAAAAAUGGCGGGAAUUGCAAGUAAGAUCCGGCAACUCUGAAUGCAGCAAUGAUGAUUUGACAACUCUGGAUACAACUAGCAGCAUCUGGCAACUCUUAUCAUAGAAUCAGCUGCUAACUGUUUGUAAUUUUUACACGUGCAACGCAAACGAUACAACAAAUU